AUGGCCAGUAAUGACGACGGCCAGUGCUACCUGACCCAGGGCCUAAUAUCCAAAAAUGGACGCAAGCAUUACCGCAUUGGCGUCCGUUCCCAACAUUGGCAGCUGCGGUCGUUGAUCAGCACGGAAAAGGGAAACAUCGUCUACUUUCCCGGAGGAAGCGGCAGCAACCAUGUUCAGAGACUCAAUACACUUACCCAUGAAUGCGAAACCAUCAAGCUCCUUACCUUUGCGCCGCGAUGCCUAGUAGCCGAAAAUGGGUGGUUAUGCUGCGGGAGCGAGACAGGCGAGUUUGUCGCUAUUAAACUCGAAGAUGCAAUCGAAAGCAAUCGACAACCGUUGCUGGGACUGCAUCUGGAUGCCGAAACGAGACAUCAACUGAACCUUGAAGGAACCGACCGUGACGAUUCCAUACUUGCCCUUCUCGCCCACGCACGACGUUCAAGUAAGAGCUUGAUCGCCAAGACCUUGAAACUUGCCAAAGACCGAGUUAACUGCGUCACGCUGUGGUUCCCUCCGGCAUUGCCCCCUCUUGAUGGAGCACCAUACAAUGAGCCUGUCGCUGUUCUGGCCAAUAACGAUCGCACCGUCGUCCUCGUGAGUCUGCGCGGAUUCGACCAAAACGAUAAAGUAGAGCCACUUGAUGUCGUUACAUACCCUGAUUUUGUCAAUCGAGCAAUACUGUCCCCCGACGGUCGAAUCCUAGUUGCCAUUCUUGAUGAUCCGUACCUCUACGUCCAUGAACGGGUCGAAACGGAGGUAGCUGCCCCCACAACUCCAGCCAGCGACGAUAGCCGAUGUCGAUGGGAACAGCGACAAAGAAUUCUACUCAAAAGUCAAAGGAAAGAUGACAGCUCGGACAGCCGGGGUAGUUUUGCUGCAUGCUUCUCACCAUCAGGGGCUCAGUUAGCAGUCGGAACACAACACGGCACAAUUUCUGUUUUCGACACCACUCUCCUUCUCGACCCUUGUGAGGAGCCCCUCAUCACCACGUUCAAGUCAUCUCGCCCAGAAAGUGGUCCUGGGGCUAUUCGAGACAUGGCCUUCUCCCCCGGCCCUUUUGACAUUCUCUCCUGGACUGAAGAUAGAGGCCAUAUCGGCUUCGCUGAUGCGCGGAGCAACUUCGUAGUUCGUCAGAUUGUUGACAUAAAUGUCAAGGCCGACUUCCGACCUAUUGACAUCCUUGAUCGAAGCACAGUCGACCCCCGGCUGCUGGAUAGCAACUCGGACAGGAGGUCCAAUCGAUCGCCCCCUUCGGGAAGCACACGCACACGUCGAAAUGCUGAAGCAUUGGAGACUCUGAACCAGCCUCUCACGCCCAACGAAACUGUCGUGCUGGAGGCGAUUCAAGGCGACCGAAGACGGCGUGAACGAGCUCGCGGUGGGCCAUCCGAUUUGACCUGGACCUAUCUGUCAAGUUUGCGGCCGCCAGCCGCUGAUGGCGAAUCUUCCAGAACUCGACAGCGCAGCAGUAGCAUGGGCCGAGCAAUGGGCGACAUUCUCGGCUCCUACCGGGAACAGAGAGAGCGCCAACAAGAGCGGCUCCGUAAUGCCAGGCAGCUCACGCAGCUCGCCCGCGAGGACAUGGUCACUCAACAACAACUACAAACAGCAGCAUCGACAAGACGGCCCGAUCAAAGGUGGAUGGAUAGGAUCGGUGAAACGGUGGCCGCAAUGCGAGAUCAGAGAGAGAGACAGGAUUCGUCGUAUCUGACUAUGCUCGAAAUGUUGCAGGCAAGAGAGCGCCCUUCGAAUGAUACUGACAAUGAAGACUCAUCGCUCCUCGGGCCUCUAGUCAAUCAAGUUGUCAAUCGCUGGGAGGAGAGCGCGGUACGAGGAACUCUAGCGACUGAUCAUGGAGUGUUCGAAGUGCCUCCGUCUGAUGAUAAUACCGCAGGUUUAGCCUGGACCGAGGAUGGCCGUACCUUGUAA